AUGCAGUUAUCAAUAAUGAGGUGUUUAUUCUUCAAAUCCACCACAGACCAACUGUUACUGUGUGUCUUCUCAGGUCUGCUUUGGGUCGUAACAAACUGCAAUAAAAUGGAACUAAACAUGACAAAUACUGCAGAAUCGAAAACAAUAAAGGAAAAUAAUCCUUUGCUCAUAUCAUCGCCAUCUCCUCUUAAUGUAGAAAAAGUAGAUGUUGUGACUCAGAAUGAAAGCAGUAUAACCCUGCAGUGGAAUAAGUUUGAUGACAUCUCAACAUACAGACUGGAGAUUGGAGGUGAACAUAUUAACAUGAAUGGCACUUCUGGAGAACCAGUAGUACUUGUGGCCUCUGGUCUGACUGCUGGGAGAAGAUACAGUUUCACUCUUUUUACUGUGCUCAAUGAACUCUACAGUUCUGGAUAUUCAUUUACUGCUGUCACAGCUCCUCCUGAUACUGAAAGGUUUGAACACAUCACACAAAAUGAGACCUCCAUAACUCUGCAGUGGACCAAAGUGGAAGAGAUCAACACUUAUACUCUUCGCUACAAUAAUACGGAGGUCAACAUAACUCACUCUGAAGGAAGUGGAACAUACACAGUCUCAGGUCUGACCAGAACCACUAGAUACAACUUCACUCUCUUCACUGUGUUUGACUAUGCAACAAGCAGAGGAAAAAACAUCACUGCAGUCACUGCUCCUCCUGAUACUGGAAACUUUGAACACAUCACACAAAAUGAGACCUCCAUAACUCUGCAGUGGACCAAAGUGGAAGAGAUCAACACUUAUACUCUUCGCUACAAUAAUACGGAGGUCAACAUAACUCACUCUGAAGGAAGUGGAACAUACACAGUCUCAGGUCUGACCAGAACCACUAGAUACAACUUCACUCUCUUCACUGUGUUUGACUAUGCAACAAGCAGAGGAAAAACCAUCACUGCAGUCACUGCUCCUCCUGAUACUGGAAACUUUGAACACAUCACACAAAAUGAGACCUCCAUAACUCUGCAGUGGACCAAAGUGGAAGAGAUCAACACUUAUACUCUUCGCUACAAUAAUACGGAGGUCAACAUAACUCACUCUGAAGGAAGUGGAACAUACACAGUCUCAGGUCUGACCAGAACCACUAGAUACAACUUCACUCUCUUCACUGUGUUUGACUAUGCAACAAGCAGAGGAAAAAACAUCACUGCAGUCACUGCUCCUCCUGAUACUGGAAACUUUGAACACAUCACACAAAAUGAGACCUCCAUAACUCUGCAGUGGACCAAAGUGGAAGAGAUCAACACUUAUACUCUUCGCUACAAUAAUACGGAGGUCAACAUAACUCACUCUGAAGGAAGUGGAACAUACACAGUCUCAGGUCUGACCAGAACCACUAGAUACAACUUCACUCUCUUCACUGUGUUUGACUAUGCAACAAGCAGAGGAAAAAACAUCACUGCAGUCACUGCUCCUCCUGAUACUGGAAACUUUGAACACAUCACACAAAAUGAAACCUCCAUAACUCUGCAGUGGACCAAAGUGGAAGAGAUCAACACUUAUACUCUUCGCUACAAUAAUACGGAGGUCAACAUAACUCACUCUGAAGGAAGUGGAACAUACACAGUCUCAGGUCUGACCAGAACCACUAGAUACAACUUCACUCUCUUCACUGUGUUUGACUAUGCAACAAGCAGAGGAAAAAACAUCACUGCAGUCACUGCUCCUCCUGAUACUGGAAACUUUGAACACAUCACACAAAAUGAGACCUCCAUAACUCUGCAGUGGACCAAAGUGGAAGAGAUCAACACUUAUACUCUUCGCUACAAUAAUACGGAGGUCAACAUAACUCACUCUGAAGGAAGUGGAACAUACACAGUCUCAGGUCUGACCAGAACCACUAGAUACAACUUCACUCUCUUCACUGUGUUUGACUAUGCAACAAGCAGAGGAAAAACCAUCACUGCAGUCACUGCUCCUCCUGAUACUGAAAGGUUUGAACACAUCACACAAAGUGAAUCCUCCAUAACUCUGCAGUGGACCAAAGUGGAAGAGAUCAACACUUAUACUCUUCGCUACAAUGAUAAGGAGGUCAACAUAACUCACUCUGAAGGAAGUGGAACAUACACAGUCUCAGGUCUGACCAGUGCCACUAGAUACAACUUCACUCUCUUCACUGUGUUUGACAAUGCAACAAGCAGAGGAAAAACCAUCACUGCAGUCACUGCUCCUCCUGAUACUGGAAACUUUGAACACAUCACACAAAAUGAGACCUCCAUAACUCUGCAGUGGACCAAAGUGGAAGAGAUCAACACUUAUACUCUUCGCUACAAUAAUACGGAGGUCAACAUAACUCACUCUGAAGGAAGUGGAACAUACACAGUCUCAGGUCUGACCAGAACCACUAGAUACAACUUCACUCUCUUCACUGUGUUUGACUAUGCAACAAGCAGAGGAAAAAACAUCACUGCAGUCACUGCUCCUCCUGAUACUGGAAACUUUGAACACAUCACACAAAAUGAGACCUCCAUAACUCUGCAGUGGACCAAAGUGGAAGAGAUCAACACUUAUACUCUUCGCUACAAUAAUACGGAGGUCAACAUAACUCACUCUGAAGGAAGUGGAACAUACACAGUCUCAGGUCUGACCAGUGCCACUAGAUACAACUUCACUCUCUUCACUGUGUUUGACAAUGCAACAAGCAGAGGAAAAACCAUCACUGCAGUCACUGCUCCUCCUGAUACUGGAAACUUUGAACACAUCACACAAAAUGAGACCUCCAUAACUCUGCAGUGGACCAAAGUGGAAGAGAUCAACACUUAUACUCUUCGCUACAAUAAUACGGAGGUCAACAUAACUCACUCUGAAGGAAGUGGAACAUACACAGUCUCAGGUCUGACCAGAACCACUAGAUACAACUUCACUCUCCUCACUGUGUUUGACUAUGCACCAAGCAGAGGAAAAAACAUCACUGCAGUCACUGCUCCUCAUGAUACUGAAAGGUUUGAACACAUCACACAAAAUGAAACCUCCAUAACUCUGCAGUGGACCAAAGUGGAAGAGAUCAACACUUAUACUCUUCGCUACAAUGAUAAGGAGGUCAACAUAACUCACUCUGAAGGAAGUGGAACAUACACAGUCUCAGGUCUGACCAGUGCCACUAGAUACAACUUCACUCUCUUCACUGUGUUUGACUAUGCACCAAGCAGAGGAAAAACCAUCACUGCAGUCACUGUUCCUGAGACCCCAGCAGAUUUCAAGACAAUUGGACAAAAUGAGACCAGUAUAACUCUGCAGUGGAAAGGAGUAACAAAUGUCCAGGAGUACAUAGUUUCCUUCAAUGGCUUGGAGAAAAAUUUUUCACAAACAACGGAAAAUGUGACACACAUUAUCUCAAACUUGGAAAGUGGAACCAGAUAUAAUUUCAGGCUCCUUAGUGUGUUUGAUUAUGCCAGAAGCAGUGGAGCAAACCUGACUGCACCUACUGUUCCUCCAAAGGUGUCUUCAGUCAGUGUUACAGAGCGCUUUUUGGACAGGGCCACUCUAGAGUUAAAUGAUGCAAAUAAAGGCUGGAAAUACAAGGCUGUUGUUAACGACCCUGAUGCAGUAGUUAACGAAAAUAAUUUUAAAAACAUUGUGUCAUUUUCGGUCACAAAUCUGAAGCCUGGAUCAGAGUAUUCAUUCAGCGUCACCACUACUUUCUCUGGACUCAACAGCACUCCUCACCCUGGAGUCAUAGUAACAACAAUCGACUGCAGUAGUGUUACCUGGCAUGUUACCAACUCAUCAAUCCAGGGAACGGUUGAAGGCUUGUUCUCUAAGGCGACUGCCUCGUAUGAAUCUAAAACUCAUAUCAGUCCAGUAGGGAAAUCCGUGUCAUUUAAAGACCUCCACCCUGGUGCAACCUAUGAGAUAUCUCUUGAGUAUAAUCUGUCCUCCAAACUUCUUCCACAGUGUAGCAUCAAACUACCAAUCAUUCCUCCUUCUGUAACUGCUCGCUGCAGCUACUGGGCUUCUGGUUAUGGUACUGGGAUUAGCUGGGACACACCGUGUGGUGUGUGGACAGCUGUUGAGGUUCACAUAAAUGGAAAAACUUUCUUAGUAGAUAGAAAGGAGAGUCAACUCACUGUAAAAGGACUUCAGCCUGCCAGAAGAUAUGAAGUCUCUUUCAUUUCAAAGCUGGUAACAGAAUUUGGAAACAGAAGUUCUGAACCAUCUUUUAUUAUUUGUUCAACUGAUAACAGAGGAGUCAUUGCCGGAUCUGUGCUUGGUGUGCUUCUUUUUUGUGUUCUGAUCGGUGUUAUUGUGCUUAUUGUUCUAAAAAGACCAGAUAUUAUCCGCAGAAAAAAGUCUUUGCUUUCUGGUUCCAAAGAGUCCUAUUCAAAGGGGAAAAUCAUUUCUGUAGCCAAUUUCCCAGACCACUUUUAUCAGCUGAGUUUGGAUGAAAACAGAGGUUUCAGUCUGGAAUAUGAGUCCCUCGCGCCUGUUGGCUUGGACCAAACACGCAAGGCAGCUACUCUACCAGAAAACACAGAGAAGAACCGUUUCACCAACAUCCUUCCUUAUGACUGGAGUCGAGUGAAACUAAAUACAUCAUGUCCAAAUGAUACCUUGGACUACAUAAAUGCUAAUUACAUACAAGGCUACAACAGCAGCAGAGAGUAUAUCGCCUCUCAGGGUCCACUGCCCUCCACAGUCAGGGACUUCUGGCGGAUGGUUUGGGAACAAAAAGUCAAGAGAAUCGUCAUGGUUACUAACUGCAUCGAAGCAGGUCGGAUUAAGUGUGAACAAUACUGGCCUGAAGACAACAAGCCACGCUGUUAUGGAGAACUGAUCAUCUCCAAAACGUCUGAGGACAUGGAGUCCAACUGGACUCUAAGGGAGUUUAGAGUGAAACAUACCAAUGACUCAGAGGAACGUACGGUAAAACAUUUCCACUUCACUGCCUGGCCUGAUCAUGGAGUACCUCAGGGUACAGAAGUCCUGAUCCAUUUCAGAAGACUCGUGAGACAGCAUAUAGAGAGUGCAGGCAGUAAAGCACCAACAGUGGUUCAUUGCAGUGCUGGAGUGGGGAGGACCGGCACCAUCAUCGCCCUGGAUGUUCUGCUUCAGCAGCUAGAACGAGAACAGGCGGUCGACAUCAAUAACUUUGUCCACAAGAUGAGGCGGCAUCGGUCACAUAUGGUGCAGACAGAGUCCCAGUACGUUUUCCUGCACCAGUGCAUCAUGGACACCCUGCAGCCGCUUGCCAAGGAGGAGAACAUCUAUGAGAACGACGACUUGAUAUACGUCAAUGCCACCGCCCUCCGACAGCUUCGUUAACACAAAACUAAUUGAGUUGGGCCCUGCACUCGUUGCACUUAAUGACAAGCUAAUUCUAAAAGUACAAUGGUAUUGUUAUAUAUUGAAUAUGAAACACAUUUCCAUGUUGUUUUUAUUGUAUAUGAAUGGUUUUGUCGUUUACAUUAUGGUUCAACUAAUCUGCCAGUUGUGUUCUGUUAUUAUUCUGCUAUUAUUAUAUUUAACUCCCACAAAAUGACUAGAGAAUGUUUAAAAUGUUAUUAGAAUUAUGAAAUUGUUAAAGCAGAAAAUUAUAAUUUGUACAGAGAAAUAAAACAUUUUAUAUUCAAAACAA